GAAAAUACAAAAAACCUUGGAUCUUUACCCUUUCGUAGUUAGUGAGCGCCUGAGCGAGCGUGAUGGAGAGGGGGAGAGAACGAGAGGGAGUACUAGCUGAGUAGUUGCUCCUCAGGUUUCUCCCUUCUCCUGCUCAUCCGAUUUCCUUCCCCUUGAAUAUUCAUUUGGAUUUGGUCGAUCUUUACAAGAAUUUCACCUUCCAAUUCACGAAUGUUAGAAGAAAUGAAUCAGUUGCAAAAUGGGAGCGAGAAAACAAUGAUUCUUGACAACUGGAUCAAUUCACCAUCUAUCGAAGAAGGCAGCAGUCUGGGUUCACAAUGUGGUGGAAACCAGAUUCUGAAAAGGGGACCUUGGACUUCUGUAGAGGAUACAAUUUUGGUUGAUUAUGUUAAAAGACAUGGUGAAGGAAAUUGGAAUGCUGUUCAGAAGAACACAGGUCUUUUUCGAUGUGGCAAAAGCUGUCGUCUACGAUGGGCUAAUCAUCUCAGGCCAAAUCUAAAGAAAGGUGCUUUCACACCACAGGAAGAACAGUUGAUAAUUGAACUCCAUUAUAAGAUUGGAAACAGAUGGGCUCGUAUGGCUGCCCUUAUGCCUGGGCGAACGGAUAAUGAGAUAAAGAACUAUUGGAACACCAGAAUAAAAAGAUGCCAACGUGCUGGUGUGCCUCUAUAUCCUCCUAAUAUAUGCUGUCAAACCUCUGAGGAAAAUCAGCAAUACAAGAAUGUCAGUGAGUAUAAUAUGUUCAGUGAUAAACUUCCCAAUGAUGGCCUUCAAGGGAACAUUUUUGACAUUCCUGAUAUCGAUGAUUUUGUAAGUGACAAUUUCUUUGCCAAGCACGGGGCUUUAUAUAGCUCACUGUCCUACUCAGAUAUAGCAGUUAGUAGCAUGCUCCAUUACCGGUUUGGAUCCCAAAACAAUAUUUUGCAAAGUCCAGGCGUGUGUUGCAUGAAGCAACUUAGAGACACUGAGAAGCAAUGGGCUGGCUUCUCCAGUAGCAUCUCCGAUGAAUAUUCUAAGUUCGAACAAAUUAUGGUUGAACCUUUUGCAAAAAAACAGAGGACUUUCAUGGUAGGUUAUCCCUGUGAUCCUGAUCUCAGGAACAAGGGCCUACAAACUUUUGAAGGUGCAGAUCCUGGUGGUCACGCCCUUCUAACUGGCACAUCGUCUGCUCCUAGUCCUAUUCUUGGGGCUUUGGAGUCGGAGCUCCCUUCAUUCCAAUAUACAGAAACUGAUGCUAGUUGCUGUCUUCCAUGUCCAUCGACUCUCAAAGCAAUUGAUGGAUAUGCUGUAUCUCCUCCAGCAGCAGUCUCAUUGCAAGCCGACUGUUUUUCCCCAAGGAAAAGUGGUCUACUGGAAGCAUUGGUACAUGAAGCACACACAAUUAGCAAUACAAAGAUAGAACCAUCUACCAUGAAGAUCGAUGCAGAUGUAGCGCAAAGAAGUGUCAGUGAGACAAACUUGGUAGAACUCAGUAAUCCACCUAUUUCUGUUUUGGGCCACACUGCUGUUUCUGUCUUAGAUGCAAGCACCCCUCUGAACAGUGGGGGCUCAUUAUGUGGGUUGGCACAUCUUAAUCUUUCUUCAGUUUCUGCAGGAUCAAAAAGCAUAGAGACUCAACUUUUUUCUCGUCCAAAUGUUAGAGAAAAUGGUCCUUCGGUUCCUAUAGAUUUCUCAAGACCUGAUGCUUUACUUGGAUCUAUUUGGACUGAACAUGGUUCGCACAGCGCCAAAGAGUCUUGUGUUUCGAAUGAUUCCUUAUCGACAUUCUUAGGAUCCAACAGUGACCAAUAUGUACCUGCUGUCACAUCAUCUGCCCUCAGGCAGGGAGAUGGACUGGACUCGUUCGUACCCAGGGACUUGUGUGCCUUUUGCAUGUCAAAUGCCUUGAUAUGAGCAAUGUCUUGGUUACGUUACUUCCCGAGAGACGAUACAUAUUUCUUUUCUGUUUUUAUCUUUACUAUUUGGGGUUUAUUUCACUAGUAAAGCUGUUGUUCUGAAUUAAAUGAUCUAUAGUUUGCCUAGACUAAAUGACUAUAAACCAUCAGUUAUGUUUCUAAUCUCGUUCCAGUUUAAAAACAUUAUCGAAAAUGGAGGCUGCUUAUUUGGAUUUUU